AUCGAGACACAAGCUCGCACUGGCUUUUCCAGCCGCUGGGCCACGUUGCUGACUCAUGCCAGCUUAAGGACAUUUUCCCAGGGUCACCCACCGUGCAGCUCGGACAAAUGAGAGUCAGGGGGUGACGGGUCACUCUGCUCAGGUCUUUUUCUUCCCCCGGCUGGACUCCAAGGGAUCGAUAGACCUUUGCCUCGGCCCGAGGGAAGGUGGCAGAGGGCCCGGCCCCCCAAUCAAAACCGCGUCCUCUCAGCAAACGCGAAAAGCCGGGCCCGGGGGCUGCAGGGCGAGGACCACGCGCAGCCCCGGACCGCUUCUCUGGACAGAAGGUGGGGCGGUUGCUCCCCAGCGCCCCCUGCGCCUCCCGCCCCCUUUCCCAGCUCCUCCCUACUGGGGCCGGUCAAAGACCGGACGGAUUGACGGACGUCGCAGCCAACCAGCUGCGAAGGCUGCGAAGGCUGCGAAGGCUGCGAAGGCUGCUCGGCGGACUGCCCGCCCUCCCGGGAGGGAUCGCCGGAGAUUCCUGGCCUGAGCAGCCGCUCCGCUCACCCGGACUCGGCAGCUGGAAGAGGUGGGACCCGAGCUCAGCCCUGCAGGGCCUGCGGCUCUCCUGGGUGGAGGGUAUGGAUCACUGACCUGCUCUGUCCUGACUCUCUCACCCUCUCAGCUCCAACUCACUGUGUGUCUUGAGCCUCAGGGACUCUCUCAGUCAUGUCUGCCCACCUGUUUGAGGGGAAGGACCAUGCGGCCAUUUACCAGAAACACAGGUUCCCUCCCCCCGAGGAGCUCCUCAACAUAAUUUUCUCCUAUUUGGAGGAGAAGAAAGCCAAACCCUACGACCUAGCGGUGGAUGUCGGCUGUGGAUCGGGUCAGAGCACUCAGGUCCUGCUCCCUCACUUUGCCCGGGUCCUGGGCACAGACAUCAGCGAAGCUCAGAUUCAACAGGCCAAGCAGACACACAGCUCCUCCAAAGUCUCUUACUGUGUCUGCCCGGCAGAAGCCCUCCCGGUGGAGGACGGCUCUGUGGACCUGCUCACUGCCUUCACCGCGGCGCACUGGUUUGACAUAGAGCCCUUCCUGAAAGAGCUAGCGCGAGUUCUGAAGCCACGGGGCUGCGUGAGCCUCAGCUCCUAUAGCCCCAACAUGAAGAUUCAUUAUGGCCACUGCUCUGAAGCUCUCACUGAGAUCUUCAGGGAGACUCAAGCUGUCCUUAAUAAGUAUGCAAAUGAAAAACUACAUGUCCUUCUCUCUCAAUACCAAGAGAUAUUUGAUCUUGUGCCUUUUCCAGACAAAAAAAGAAUUACUUUUCAGGGAAGUGAAAUUUCCUUUACAGUUGCCGGCCUGAUGGGAUUUCUACAGUCCUUUUCCAUGUUCCAGACUUUUAAGAGUGUCCAACCAGAGGCGGCUGAAGCCCUUCUGAACAAAACUCAGGCAAGAUUCUUGGAGACCAUGAAGGUGUCUUCUCUUGAAACCCCAUUAACAAUAUCACUUGAAUAUAUUUGUGUUCUGGCUUGCAAGACGGAGCAGGUGGCUCCUUAGUUUCCAUAGGAACAAAACUCCAAUUCCAGAUCCAAUAAAGAGGCAUAGAAUCCCAAGAAGGAA